AUGGCGACUGUCACUGAGCUGAAGGCUGUUUUAAAGGACACCUUGGAAAAAAGGGGGGUGCUGGGUCAUUUAAAAGCAAGGAUCCGAGCUGAAGUGUUCAGUGCCCUGGAUGAUGAUCGUGAACCCCGGCCGACUUUGUCUCAUGAAAAUCUUCUAAUUAACGAAUUAAUUCGGGAGUAUUUGGAAUUCAACAAAUAUAAGUAUACAGCAUCUGUCCUCACAACAGAAUCUGGUCAACCUGCAGUUCCAUUGGACAGACAAUUUCUCAUCCGUGAAUUAAAUGCCUUUGAAGAGUCAAAGGACAACACAAUACCACUUUUAUAUGGAAUUUUGGCUCAUUUCUUGCAUGGAACUAAGGAUGGCACCCCAAACACCUUUCUGAAAGAGUCUUCACUUCAGCCUUCAAACCCAAAUCUUAUCAGACAGCCUCAUGGAAGAAGAAAGAUGGUUGAUCACCCAGCAAAGGAGAGGGGCGAAGGCACCAACUCUGAGGAUCUCCCCCUUUGUCAAGCGGCGAAGAGAUGACACUUCCAUGUGGGGUAUCUUUUAUCUUAGAAUUGUACAUGUGAAGUAACUUAUUUAUCAUUCCAGUGUUAUCAGU